GUUUUUGCUAUCAAAAACAUCAAAGCUACUUAUCGUAUGGGUAUCAUUAGUUGGCAAGGAGAUCCGUGUCUCCCUCAAGAAUUAUCCUGGGAAAAACUAAGAUGCUCUUACAUAGAUCUCUCCACCCCACCAAGAAUUGUUUCCUUAAACUUGUCAGCAAGUGGAUUAACUGGUCGCAUACCCCCAUAUUUACAAAAUCUAACGCAAAUACAAGAACUGGACUUAUCUAAUAACAGCUUGACUGGACAUGUGCCUGCUUUUCUUGCCAAUAUGAAAUUAUUGUCUCUGAUAAACUUAAGUGGGAAUAAUCUCAAUGGAUCAGUUCCUCAGGCUCUUCUUGAUAGAGUAAAGGAAGGACUUAUGUUAAAACUUGAAGGAAAUCCAGAUUUGUGCAAAUCUAGUCUAUGCAAUCCAAAAGAGAAAAAGAAUUUCUUGUUUCCGGCUAUUGCAUCAGCUGCCUCUCUGCUUGUUAUAGUGAUGGUCGUGGCUCUUAUUUUUGUUUUCCGAAAGAAGAAGGUGCCUUCAGAUGUACCUGCUCCACCAGGUAUGCCCGUAGCAGAUGUUGGGCACACUAGUCACUCAGAAUUAUCAUUCCUAUCGAAAAAGAUAAGGUUCACUUAUAUUGAGGUUCAACAAAUGACAAAUAAAUUUGAAAGAGCUCUCGGUGAAGGAGGCUUUGGAGUCGUUUAUCACGGUUGUGUAAAUGGUACACAGCAAGUAGCUGUUAAAGUUCUCUCCCAGUCAUCAUCACAAGGCUAUAAGCAUUUCAAAGCAGAGGUGGAAUUGCUUAUGAGAGUGCACCAUAUAAAUUUGGUGAGUCUUAUUGGGUAUUGUGAUGAAGGAGACCAUUUGGCCCUUAUUUAUGAGUACAUGCCAAACGGAGACUUAAAGCAACAUUUGUCAGGAAAGCGUGGCCGAUUUUUCUUGAGCUGGGAAACUAGACUAAACAUAGCUGUGAAUGCAGCGCUAGGAUUGGAGUAUUUGCACUCUGGAUGUAAACCACCAAUGGUUCACCGAGACAUAAAAAGUACAAACAUACUUUUGGAUGAGCGUUUCCAAGCUAAAUUAGCGGAUUUUGGGCUUUCACGAUCAUUUCCUAACGGAAAUGAAAUAUAUGUAUCAACAGUUGUUGCUGGAACUCCCGGCUACCUUGAUCCUGAGUAUUAUCAAACAAAUUGGUUGACAGAAAAAAGUGAUAUAUAUAGUUUUGGAAUUGUACUAUUGGAAAUUAUCACAAACCGACCCAUAAUUGAGCAAUCUCGUGAAAAGCCUCACAUAGUCGAAUGGGUCGAAUGUAAGAUAAGAAAGGGUGAGAUUGGAAAUAUUGUGGAUCCAAACAUCCAUCGAGAUUACGACAUUGGCUCUGCCUGGAAGGCUAUUGAAUUAGCAAUGUCAUGUGUGAGUCUUAUUUCAGCAAGAAGACCGAACAUGUCUCGAGUUGUGAAUGAUCUAAAAGAGUGUCUCAUAUCCGAAAAAUUAAGGAUAGGAGAGAGUCAAGAAAUGGACUCAAUGAGAUAA